AUGCAAUGGCGAAACCAGCAACAUUCCCUCCUGACUCGCGAUCGCCAACUCAAAGAGCUUGCUUUCGUGGCCUCGACCUCCUCCCUCCUCAAAUUCGGCACUUCCUGGUUCCAUCAGCUCAGUGGGAAGAUUAAUAGCGCUAGAAAUGCCUCGGCUCUUCCCGUUAUCAGAGCCGAGAGCAACACCACAAAGUAUUUUCCAGAUGCCAAAUUCUACAAAAUAGAAGCGAUUUUAAGGCCAUGGCGUAUCCUUCAAGCUUCCUCGCUGAGUUCUUGGAGCAAAUUUCCCACAUUUUUCCUCUUUCUUUGA